CGACGGUGAUGUGAUGGAAAAACGAUCGAGAGAAAACGGCCAUGUUCACGGACGGAUCACGAUCAAUGUCGGAGGAAUUCGUCAUGAAACGUAUCUCACAACUUUACGAAAUCGUCCAGAUACGAGGUUGUAUUGGAUAAGCGAACAGCAUCAUACGUCGACUAAGAGCCCUGAGUACAAUCCCGAUAAGAAAGAAUAUUUCUUUGACCGACAUCCCGGUGUGUUUGCACAUAUUGUCAACUAUUAUCGAACGGGAAAGCUUCAUUGUCCACUGGAUGUGUGUGGCCCUCUUUUUGAAGAAGAGUUAUCAUUUUGGGGCAUAGAUGAAAAUCAGGUGGAGUUGUGCUGUUGGGAAAGCUACAAGCAACACAAGGAAAAACAGGAGAAGUUGAAAUACUUCAAAACGCCCGAGGAUGAAGAUAAUGAAGAGAAUGAAGAACGCGGCCACUCGUGUUGGGAAAAAUUGAGAAAAAAAGCCUACUUGUUGUUAGAGAAACCAGCGUCAUCCACGCCAGCCAAGGUAAAUCUUUUCAACUUUGUGUUAAAAUGCACCAGAAUUCAAAACAGACGAAAGUUUUUUGUAAUGAGAUUAGCCCACAACAUUGGUGCGGUCAAACUAACCUUAACACUCACCAACACAAGAGCUCAUAAAAACAUGAUCAAACCAACCCAAAGACUCACCAACUCAAGUUAUAAAAUGAACUUAAAUCCAUUUCGCGUUCAACAGGUCGUGUCUAUCUUGAACGUGAUCAUAUUUUUCAUUACAAUCAUCCAGUUCUGUCUUACCACCUUGCAAUCAUUUCGACAAGAUACCAGGAGAUCUAACGCACUGAGCAGUGUAAGGAUAUUUGUGGUCACGUGGUUUCUAGUGGAUCUCGUUCUCAGACUUCUUUCCGCUCCAUCUCUUGGGAAUCAUUUCAAGAAAGUCAUUCAAUGGUUGGAUUUAAUCUCUGUUUGCGUUUUAAUCGUGCACGUAAAGAUUCACGCAACCCCAAACACGAUUCAACCAUUUGAAAUAUUGAUUUUUCUAAAGGCGAUACGACUGAUAAAUCUCUUAACGUACAGUUUUGUUAUUCAAGUGCUGACCAACACUCUCAAAGCUAGCACAAGGGAACUGGGACUAUUGACCAUCGUGGUCGUAUUUCAGGCUUUUGUUUUUUCAAUGAUUUUGUUCUUCAUCGAGAGAGACGAUAAGAAUACAAAGUUUGAAAGUGUACCUGACUGUUUGUGGUGGGCAAUCAUCACUAUGACAACGGUAGGCUAUGGUGAUCUUCAUCCUCGCACAUGGUUGGGUAAGAUGUUUGGCGCCUGCUGUGCAUUAUGUGGUGCGUUGGUUAUAGCCUUACCAGUCUCAGUGGUAGGAACCAACUUUACAUUAUUUUACACGUACGCCAAAGCUCGGCUCAACCUCCCGCCAAAAGCAAAACAGAAGCAACCGUUUUCCAAAGAGAUCAGAACGCUAAAAGUGAAGAUAUCGGACGAUGCACGAAAUAGCUCAACUUACAGCUGCAAUUCCACCGCAAGAAAACACGAAAAAAGUAAUUUGGGUAAAAGUAGUUUGGAAUGUUUAAUUGAGCAGCGCAUGGACAAUACAAGGACUAAAGACAAUUCAAAUUUUUCUGGCCCCAAAAGAGAAAAUGGACGACUCAAUUCUAUCGAUCAGGAUGUUCAAGCAAGCACAGAAGCAGACUCAAACAAUGAUCUCGCGCCGUCCUUUCGCGAAUGCAAUUUUGACUUUUUGGAGGUUCCUGUAGGUAAAAGUUUAAAAAAAUCCUUCCUUAGCAACUCCAUAUCACGCAUGUUCGGUGCAAUUACGCAGCCCUCAAAACAAUCACAGACACAAGACAUCCCUCAUCAUCUAGACAUUCACGCUACAUAUCCAUUAUAUUCACGUCGAGGCGCGGUUGCUCCUGGUUCGAUCAGUUCACGAAGCUUGUCGUCGACAAUCUACGACAGCAGUAAUUCGAACUUUCCCGCUUGCAUCAGGCAAUCGUUGAAAUCAUUAAGACAGCGGCAAGAGAUGAGCAAAAAACUGGGAAAGAACAGAAAAUGCACUUCUAAUGCGGAACUACAUUUAGUUUGUUUCCAUCGCUGCGACAAACAUCCAGAAAAAGAUGUGAAAUGUGGGGAAAAGACCAAUUGUCCAACUUGCACGUGUUCAACGCAUUUAUCGAAACCGAGAAUGGCAAAGAGCUGCUCAGAACUGAAUGACAUUCUCCAAGGAAAUUAUCGCAAUAGUUUGAACAGCAUUAACACGUCCGAAGCGUCGUCGGGUGAAAUUUCCCUAAAGGAAGAGGAAACACCGAUGGAAAGACCGUCCAGUGUGCCUUUCAGCGACAUAGAAAUCACUAUUAACGGUUGUUCAGACGACAGUGGCAACGAAGAAAAGACAUCAUUGUUAAACGUUAACACUACUAUAGGCAAUGGAAAAUUUUUAAAACCAUGGGGAAACAAUAAUUUACCAUAUACGUGACAAAAGAAAAAGUAAAUAUAAAUGAUUAACACGUUAUCGCAUUAUCAUCAGCCAAUUACAGCUCAAUUGUCCAGCCUGACAUACUUAACUACGUUCAUUAACCAAAGAAGAAUCAGACAAACGACCAGAGAAAAUACUAUCACGUUAUCAGGUUGCCAAAGAAAUACAGAAAAUGGUGACUUCAAGAAUAAUAAAGUACUUAAGUCGGCAAAAUACGGGCCUGCGAGAGUAGACGAAACAAAUUGAAGUGUAGAAAUACAAAACAGAAAGUAAACUGAUUGAUAAAUAGAAGGCUGUUAUAAAUAUAAAAAUAUGCGCAUAUACUUGUGGGUAAAAAUUAGUCGGUUUAAAAAAAACCUGGUUUAUUUAUAUAUUCGUUACAGACUAUGUCAUAACAGGUGUUUUAUGGAUCACUAUCCUGUGUCUUUCAUAGUGGAGUCUUUCAUGUUAUAUAUUGUAGAAGAUUAUAGCCAUAUCGACCUAGAUUUAGUCUUCGUAAACUGGUUUGAUGACGAAUUUUUAGUAAUUUCGAAAUAAAUGUUUGAAUGCUGCUGAA